ACCCAACCUUUGCUAUCCAGCCUUGCCGUUGAGUACAGAUUUGAGACGGUGAAUUUUCGCUAACAAGGUUGUAUAGACGAUUUUGAAAAUGGCUACGGAUAAAAUAAACAGACCCACUGGCUACGGAAUGACAGCUGAAGUCAAAAAGAAGGUAUGCUUUGGCUGAAUUAUAGAGGUCCAGUGUAGGUAGUAUUUUAUGAUAAGCUUUGUCUGAACUAGUUGAACUACUAGAAAAAAAUUGAAAACACUUUGAUGAGGUUUUGAGCAGUAAAUUAAUAGUCUGCCUAACACCUUGGCUUUGCUUAAAAUGCCGAUGAUAGGCUAUAGCUGAAUUACCUCAGGUGCGUGGUCACUCUGUGUAGUAUUCUACAAUAAGCUGGCGUGGUUUGUAUCUGAACUGUCUAAAAAAUUUAAAACAUUUGGAUAUUUCGAACGAAGUCUUCAUCAUCAGAAGAGGACUUCGACAACCUCUUGAUCAAAGGCAAUCGCUCAAAACGCCUACCUGUGUUCUUAGCUGACUGACUUUGUUAAUAUUCAUUAGUUUAGCCGCCGAGUAAAUGUGAUCAUAAGCAUUAAAUAGUGCAUGCUUUAUCAAUUAAAAAUCUAACCAUUCAUUCACAGCCUAUAAACGUAAGUAAUAGCAUAAAUCGCGCAUGGUAUUGCUAAGCCUAAUACUUCAACCAAAGAACAGACAAUUCAUUUUGCGUGAGAUCGUUUAGCGCGUUGGGCAAAGUGGGUAUAAGAAAUGCAUAAUUUGACUAGUUGUUUAAAGUGCUUGCCGACGUGUCUGCCCGAAAUAACUUUAGGAGGCUGGGUAGAUAGUUAAUAACUGUAUAAUAGACAGAACAUAUGGAUUGAAUUCUCCGCGAUAAAAAUUGAAAUUAAGUUCGAAGAAUGAGGUUACUAUCUGAAGGGGAUUGAUCGACACUUCGAAUGCAUGACAUUUUGCUACUGAACUUCUGAGAAAAACCUUUCGCCACUGACAUCCCGACAAAGGGAGUUCGCACGAAACGUGAAACGUCCAUGUCUUCGAUCCUAUUCAGAUAGUCCAUACACAAACCACAGAAGAUUAUUGUAGAAUUUACUAGAAUACUAGCGCAUUGGACCCCCGCGUUUAUAAUAGUAGCCCUUGUUAUCACAAGCAGAGUUUGUACACUACAUAUAUUGGGCUUCCCCUAAGGAAAUGUCUGGCACAAAAGAUUGAACAAUUAAUUCUUAGCAUUCACUGAUUGAACCAUACGGUUAAAUGAUUCAGUCCUAGGACUGAGUGAUUCAAUCUUAGGAUUCCGUGAUUCAAUCGUAAGAUUCGUUGAUAAUUAAAUCUUAGGAUUCAUUGAUUCAAUCUGGGAAUUCGGUCGAUGCAUUUUUCGGAUCCCACGCUUUUUCUGGAAAAUUCCACGAACUGGCCAAAACUUUGAAAAUUGAUUUUCUAACCAUUUUGCAGAUUUCAAUACAGAAUUUCACAGUGUGGAAUUUUUCAGUCUGCGUGACAAAUAUUGCUAAAUUCAAUUUUGAUUUAUGUCAACUGUUUAUACAAACAGACAAAUAAAGCAAAUAAAACUAGUGAGAAAAAUAAUAAACAUCUUGAAGCCAUUGAAGGCUAUAUAAACAUCCAAUGAGAACGAAUAUUUUUGAUAACACAAGGUUAUGCUUGUGAUGUUUCUCUGAGUGUACAUCCACACCGGGCAAGCUUGAAACAUAUGCUUAUAUGCCUAACUCCCACUGUGCCCAGGUAUAUUUUUCAAGCUUGCCCGGUGUGGAUAUACACUCAGAGUAACAUCACAAGCAUCAUAUUCACCUGAGUGACCUGAGUACACUACACCAACACAGAAAAAAGUUAUAUGAGUAAGUGAAGGGUGGCUGUGCUGAUCAUCCUUACUCGCAGCUGAGAGCCUGAGAGUUUAAUAAGCUGAACUGCGAAGGACACACAGCUCAACCUGAUCGUAACGGUGCAUUUGGCAGCCACCUUAUCACUCAUGUGAGAGGCUGAUCCCAUCCUACCCUGUCAACAUUCCCUGCGGUAGGAAACCUGAAUACCUGGAGAAAACCACGACUUUCGGCAGAGCGUUGGCUUUGAUUCCGCAUGCUGGUAAUGCUGUUGGCUGGCUGCAUUAAUACAAUUCAAUGAGGAAUGGCCCUCUAGGAAGAACAGUUUAGAUUUGAUAGGGCUAUCCAAUAGAAAUAAGUUCGAUUCCUGUACACUUACCUCAGUACAUUGCGUGUUUGUUUUUUUUAAUAUGUACUCAACGUAUACGUUUUUCGUAAAAUUUAUCCAUAAAUGGUAUUAGAAAUUCUCAAGUAUUAAACAAGAUGAGCACUUUUGGUGUGAAAUCAUUUGCCUGUCAUCAACAGCAUAUUUUGCUAAUGGCCCAGCUUAAUUUUAUAUACUAAACGUGCGUUCAAGGUAGUUCACUUAGACACAAACCAUAGCAGUUUAUUGUAGAGCAAUACUCAGGCUAGAAUUUCAAAACAGAUUGUUAUAUUAUCCAACAGAGUCAGAUUUAAGUCAUAAGCUACAAUCAGUGUAGCUUUAGUGCAUAUAUAGGGUUGGUAUAGUGCAUAUACAGUAUACUGUCAUUUUUAGAUCAUUUGUGCAUAAUUUAUAUAAAUCAAAUACCAUAUCUCCCUAAAAUUAGUCGCUUUUCUCUUAAGAAAAUAAGAACCUAUUUAAAAGAACCUGUUCAGCCUAAUUUCCUGGUAAGGAACAUUUAUAUAUGAACUUGUUUAGACUAAUUUGUUCUGUGUUGGUGUACUCAGGUGAAUAUGAUGUUUGUGAUGUUACUCUGAGUGUAUAUCCACACCGGGCAAGCUUGAAAAAUAUGACUGACCACGGUGGGAAUCGAACCUACGACCUUUGGAAUACUAGCCCAAUGCUCUGCCAACCGAGCUACGCGGUCAGGCCGGUUCGAGAUGUGAUAUUUCGGAACUGAGUCUAGUUCCUUCGAUAUCAAUGUAAUCUAGUAAUCAUGAUUUGUUCCGUGUUGGUGUACUCAGGUGAAUAUGAUGUUUGUGAUGUUACUCUGAGUGUAUAUCCACACCGGGCAAGCUUGAAAAAUAUGACUGACCACGGUGGGAAUCGAACCUACGACCUUUGGAAUACUAGCCCAAUGCUCUGCCAAGACUAACUUGGAAAAACUAGGUCCUUAUAUAUGCGGGUUUUACUGUAUUUGAACUGGCCAGUGGGAGAGGCUUUGGUGUUAAAGGUUAACCAAAAUGUCUGCAUGUCCAUGUCAUCGCAGAUUCGCAGUCAAAUCGUUGACGCGAUACCAAUUAUGAUAUUGGUUUGGUAUCUAUUAAAACAGACAUGCACCAGACUCAAUCAGACGCAUCUUUUCAUGCUUGGAUCAAAAAGGUUAAAUCAACUUUAGCCAAGAUUACAAUAAUACCUUGUGGGGUUCAUAACGGCAGGAAACGAUUGGGAAAAUUAGAGCGAUUUUGUUAAAGUAUUUCUUGAUCUUAAGAACUUUUUAGCCAUUUCAAGCAAAUCAUAUUAAUUCUGGAAGGAAAUAUAUUUGCACUGCGAUAGGCGGGGAAGGGCUAUGGUAGUUAUUUAAGAGACAUAUGUUUUAGUGAAGUUAUACGCUCAGCUACGAGACAUAAUGCAUCAAUUUUCAUUGCACACUUCACUCGGUGCGUUCAAGGCACAUCAAGUGAAUACCAUGCAUGCAGCACUUAUGAGUUGUAGUUUGUAGUGUCGCAAGGUCAUCACGCUUGCCUCUCAAAGCUGGCUUCAAUCUUUGGUCGGACCUCUACUCGAGGUCUUAAAAUAAUUGAGGAGAAUAUGCUACCUUUACACUGACAUCAGUAAAUGGACGUUUGUGUCUUCUCGGAUAAGGACGUUAAAAUCGUAGGUACCUCGGAUCCCCUAUCAAUUGGGCCGCUGGGAAAUCCGCUCGCCAUUGAGUGAGAAACUCAAUAAACUAUACUAAACGGGUGAAAUCGUAGACGAACAAUAGCGUUAUGAUUGUCAUCUGUUAUCGCGGACUUGUCCCAUUGGUGUUAAGAGAUUAUUGUUUUUGUCAAAGCGUGAGAAAUGUUUAAAAAUCGUGAGAUAUAACCAGUAAACUGUACAUGCAUUUUGAAAUUGAUACGGAGACAAAGUCUAGAAUCUAGAUGAUGUCGUCUGAUUAUACCGACUUAUUUUUCCCUUAUGAUAUCAAUCUAUACAUCAGACUAUAAAAGAGUGAAGAAUGGAAACCUACUUGACUGCAAUGCGAUGUAAACAUUCCUCUUCAUACACAAAUAUGGCAAAUAAUUUUCUUAAUGUUAGAUUAAGUUUGAAUCGAUUACACAUGGAUAUAUAUAUAUGGAUAUAUCUUUGACUUAAGCAGGAUUUUCCAAAUUAAAGGUGAAUUAGUAUUUGAAAAUGUCAAAUUCGUAUGUGCUUUAAUUCAUACAUUUUUAUAACAUUACAUUAAGGCUGGUUCACAGUAAGAAUUUUGCAUGGGGAAAUUCUACGUUUUGAAGGAUUUGUAAGAACUGUUUGAGAAAUCUGACUCAGUGAUUAACCGCAAAACUUAGAAUUUACUUGUAGGCGUAGCUAUAUAUGCAUAAUUCCUCCUAUGACCACAGAAACUUUGAUAGUGUAAACUGUAAACUGUAAACUGUAAACUAGCCUUUAGACUAGGACUGAAAAUGGAAAACUACAGUACUUGAUUGCAAUGGAAGGCGAACUUAGACACAAAUAUUAUAAUUAAGGCCACAUAUUUUUUUCAUGUUAAAUCUUGUAUUAUUAGGUUUUAAGUCGAUUAUACCAGGCAUGCGUAUAUCUUUUAAGCAGGAUUAAGGUAAGUUUUCCAGAGGUAAAUUCUAAGUUUUGAAGGAUUUGUAAGAAAUUCUGAAGGAAACUGACUCAGUGUUUAACAUUUAAGUGAGUUCCCUCAAACAUUUCUUACAAAUCCUUCAAAACUAGAGUUUACCUACACUCCCUACAGGGUAUGCAAGUGUAAAUCAGCCUUUAUACUUGUAUAAAUUUUAAAACCACAAAUAUACAUGCAUUUAGCACACUGUUGCAGUCUGUAAUAAACGCCUGUUUGAUCCAAUGGUUUCAUCUUCUCAAUGCCAUGACCACCCACUGGUAACAUCUGUGGUCUAUUACAUGGGAAAAGUACAUAUACUCGUUUCUAUUCCUGGCGAUGUUGUAAUCACCAUGCCAACAAGCUGGUUGAAUGCAUAAAAUCGUUAAAAUUAUCCAAAUUAUAGUAGAAAUUAGGGUACCUAACGAAGAAAAUGUAGUCCUUGAAAUAUUUACUGAUAAAGGUAGCACGCAUUUAUCACCUACACCAAAACAUAUGCUAUGCCACACUUUGUCAGCCUGUGAGUAUAAUCUUUUCACACAUAGACCAGAUCAUUUAAGCCAUUUCCUGGAUUAAUUUGACAAUUUAGGAAUGAUGUUUUUCCAUCUGAGGAUGAGUGAAUAUGGGUUAAUAUACAAGAUAAGCAUCACACCCCUUUCAGAGAUUAAAUGUGCUACGCCAUUAUCCAUUGAUAAGCUAUUUAGACAGGCAGUAUUUUACUUUUCCAAUUAGAAUCAUGUUGACUUGUUAUGAUAAGCAGUACUUUAGCGCAGAGCGAUAAUUUGGUCUGGGUAUUUAGCUUCAUAAUGAUAUAAACAUAAGAUAAUCUGGGAUAACCUUGGAUACACUCUUUGGAAUAUCUGGGUAUAGAAUUCUAUCUGGAAUAUUCUACACAAAACGUGCAGUUCUAAACUUAAAACACAAAUGUGCAGUCACUGCAGUGACCAAAUUAACGAAAAUAUAACCUUAUAACAGUCUUCUCAUUUGCUUGUUUUCCUUGUGGAUGCUCCAGAAAUGCUGUCAUUGAGCAUCAAAAUUAUAAAAGUUUUCUGGGAGAGAACCCCCAAACGCUCCUACUUUCAUCACCAAUCACUUACGUGCUGGGGUAAUGGAACAGAAGGUAAAAUUGGGGCAAGCGAAGCUCCCCAUAAGAGAUUAGAGUCGGAGAACCUAAUAUUCUUUGCUGCCUGAAAUGCAAAUUUAAGGUUAUUAUAUAUUGAAUAUUCAUGAUUCCCAAGUCGGGUAAAACAAAUCUUUGCCAGAACUUUUAAAGAGCCCUCUAGAUUCAAUUUUUUGGGGGGACAACCUCUAGAUUCAAUUUUUUUGGGGGGACACCCCCGUAGGCCCUUGCUCCCCCACCCAAAAUCGAGUUUGUCUGGCCUUUCUCCCAGCCAACCACACCUUUAUUCUGCUCUUACACCAACAGUACUUAAAUAAUACAAUUACAUAAAGCUUUCAUAGCUAGUAUUGCAGGACCAGACCACGGGGCCUGACAAUUUGCAUAGUAACAACAAGCUUUUUUCGCAGUUUCGCAGACUCUAUAUAGACUACAUAGGUCUCUGCACGCAGGCACUAGUAGCCAAAUAUCAUAAUAAAAACAUUGAGGAUUUUGAGAACAUUUACUAGAAAUUUCACCGCUUUAUCGAAUUAUUCAACUCUAAAAUAUAAAAAUUAUUUGCACAUAGCAAAAACAAAUAUAUACAACUUAUAUAUACAUAGCAAAAACAAUAAAUAUAUGCAUAUAUAUAUAUUUUUACUUGAAAAAUUAGGCAACUCUACCUGUACGAAAGACCCUUUUACACAACGCUAUUUCGUUCUAUUCUUUGUAGUUUUUAACAUAAAUGAAAGUAGUUAUAACGAGCAGAUGUUAUUCGCUUCAAAACAAGCUCCAAAUGUAUUCAUUAUCGCCAAAAAUAGUCCAGAAUUCACAAAAUAUUUUCGAAGACCUUUAAAAUUUAAAUCACAAUCCACGAGCGAGAUGAAUUUCUGACUGAAUUUAGGCGGGAAAAUUUUUAGCCAAUCAGAGAGCUUACAAUUUCGGGUUUUGCUGAAUGUUAAUAUAAGUGAAUAUUUUUGAGCUUGUGGGGGUAAGUCAGAUGACGUUUUACGCCUUUUUUGAAAAUAUCAUUAACGGAGAGACGAAAUAUUAAACUUAAUACAAUUUAUGUAAUAUUAUCAAUAUCACAGGUUGCGGAAAAUCAUAUAUUCAGUCGCCUAAGAGGCGACCCGGACGUUUUAAAAUGAGUACAUAUUAAGUGGGAAUCGUAAUUCAUUAAAAUGUAAUGAGUUUUCCUGAUAAAAUCUUUUUGCGCAAACAUAGGUUCGAAUUUCACGUAGCGAAAUCGAACUAUCUAGAAUUUUGUCCGGACAUGAUACGUACAUUAGCACAAUACUGAAAAUGCAAAGAGAAUCUUUCACCUAGCACGCGUUUACGUAAAAAAUCCAAUGGAAUUAAUUUUAUAAGGGCUACAUUAGUAAUAUUGGAUUAUUUAAAUCGUACUAGGCGGGCCUAUAUUACAAGUAUUUAUUUUCCUGAAAUUAAUAGGUAGUGCAAUACACAGUUAUUUUAUUUCAAACCUUUAUAAAAGAAUGAUAGUAAAAAUUGCAUCACUAAAAGUUAAUCGAAUUUGAACUGUACUUCACCCCCCGGAAUUUUGGGUGCGUUUCACAUAAAUACCCGCACAAUAUAACCCAUGAAACCGGGGGACGGGUUGUUUGAAGGGUGUUUGUUUUGACGUGGAGGAAGAAAGGUACAAAUUAUCGGACAUCAAGUCAAAUUAAAUUAGUCGUGCGUUGCUGGCUUUGAAGACUUAUCACUGUCUUAUCUACGUGUUUUAACGAUGGCUAAAGAAUUUAACAGACCGAUGGGCUAUGGAUUUAGCCGAGAAAUCAAAUUGAAGGUAUAUACUUGCCGAUUUUCGCCGUUUUUGUGAAAAAUCUUAUGCAUCAUGAAAUGUCGGCCUAAAUUUCUUUUGAAAUAUUGUGCAUUCAAAUUGAUCUAAAUGAGUAAAAUGACUAAAUCAGAGCUGAAUGACUAAAUCAGGCUAAAUACUGUACGAAUUUAAGACAGUUUUAAUAACAUUUAAAAGAGAUAGUCAUUCAAACGGUACAUUUUAUUCGGUACAGUAUAAAAAUACAAUGACAUGUUAAUAUUCGAACUUGUAAACAGGGACAUAAAUAUGUUGUUUUAACCCGUUCACAUCAAUUCAUAAACAGUUGUGAGAAAGGCUGCAUACAGCGAAAUUCCCAGGAGUUGUUUUUUUUACAUCAAGUGUUUGAUGAAAGCUGAUAUGUGUUGAACUUGUGACCCAGAAAUCAUUUUUUAAACUUUACUCAUCAUGGGACUUAUUAACCCAUUAAUCUGCCCUCUACUUUAUUAUUCUACUCCGUCUAAUGCCAGACGAAUUCACUUGUCAAGGGGAGAGUCUUAUGCUUUAGUGGAUUAACAUGACAUAUUGUCUUAUGUUUACAGAUGGAUUCAAAAUACGACGACCAGUCAGAACAAAACGCUCGCCUUUGGAUGGAAGACGUUACUGGUACGUUGCUAUGCAACCCCCCUGAUGAUAUUCAGACUGCUGAUCAACUCAAUGAAUGGAGAUACAAUAAUCCCUUGGGAAAAGAUGGAAUGUGUCUUGCUCUGUCCGAUGGUCGAUACUUAUGCAUGUGAGUUACCGGCUAUGGAAAGCGGUUUUUGUUUUACUUGUCAAGGGUAGAGUCUUGCAGAUUUGUCCAUUGAGCGUCUGUGCUCUCCCUGUGACGAGUACACUUAUUUGGCAUUAGACAGUAAAGUUAAGACAGUUUUAUUAUUGAAUACUACCUACAUUGUAGCCCAUCUUGUUAAUCUGCUUAUUGGCAAAGUGCCUCAAUGAAUAUCAAAAAGUGCGACUAACCCCAAAUAUGAUUUUUUCUAUGUGUAAUAUUUGGUUCAGAUAUGAUGUCAUUAGAUGAAUUGCAAAUUAGUUUUCCUUUGUUUUUUUGUACCAAAAAUUCACCUAAUGACAUCAUAUCUGGAAACUUUGACAGUGAAAAAGUUGACCAAGAUGAGGUUUUUUACUAUAAAAAUAUAUAUGACAUUUCUUCUUAGAAUGACCCAAAUAUUACGCAUACCAAAAAUCAUAUUUGGGGUUAGUCACACUGUAACAAUGGUGGUUUGGCAUUUUGUUUCAGGUUAAUGAAUACAAUUUCUGAAGGAGCAAUCCCUAAGUUCAAUGAAACCUUAAAGGAAAAGGAUGCUUUUAGAAAGGUAAUCAUGCAUGAAUAUUCAGAUUACAGUUGAACCUCUCCUUACCCCUCUAAUUUUGGCACCUCUCUAAUACAGACAUCUCUCUAAUAUGGGCACCCCUAUAAUUACUAAUGUGUACACCUCAUUAAUAUAGACACCUAUCAAAUAGGGACACCCCUCUAAUAUGAACAUCUCUCUAGUACAGGAUCUUUCUAAUAUGCACACCUCUCUAAUACAGACACCUCUCUAAUAUAGACAUCUUUCUAAUAGAGGCACCUCUCUAAUACAGACACUUCUCUGAUACAGACACCUCUCUAAUAUGGGCAUCUCUCUAACUUUGGCACCUCUCUAAUACAGACAUCUCUCUAAUAUGGGCACCUCUAUAAUUAUGGAAUCUCUCUAAUAUGCACACCUCUAUAAUAUGGACACUUCUCUAAUAUGGGCACCCCUCUAAUUUUGGCACCUCUCUAAUACAGACAUCUCUCUAAUAUGGGCACCUCUAUAAUUAUGGAAUCUCUCUAAUAUGCACACCUCUAUAAUAAGGACACUUCUCUAAUAUGGGCCCUCUCCAAUACAGAUACUUGGCUGUGUUCUGGUCCAACUAUAUGUACCUACUUUGAUAAUGAAAAGUAACUUUUAUUUCAGAGAGAGAAUAUUGAACGAUUUAUCGAUGCUGGAAUUAAAAUAUUGAAUUGCAAGAAGUUAGAUUUAUUCCAAGUUGUUGAUCUUUUUGAGAAAACUAAUCCUGGACAGGUAUGGUACACCUAUUAUUCCACUUGGACAAAAACCCAGCAUUUACACAUGAAAAUAACAUAUGCAAAUAUAUAAGAUUGUGAACUGAAUGUAUAAAUUUCUGUUUAUCAUUUUAGGUUAUUAAUGGAAUUUACGCUGUAGCAAGGAAGGUUGGUUAUAUUGUCAUUUAAUAUCAAGCU